AUGUCUAUUGAGAUUGUGAAAGAUGGCGACCUUCAAAAGAUCAACUUCAGGGUCAAGAACAGGGUUAGCUUAUUUUAACUUGAAACUUCAAUUUUUUUAGAUUUAUUUCUGUAUUAUUUUUUCACUCUUUUUAAACAGUGAUUAUGGCCAUAGUUUCUUUGUCAGUACUGUUUUGUAAUAGCCAUAAAUACUGUCGUGUUGUUUUUUUUUUCUCCCCAUGGGAAUUCUUAGAGUUUAGAUGUGAAUCCAAAAAAAUGUCAUUUCUAUGUUGUACCGAUAUCUAGUUUUAAAACCCUUCUAUUAACUUCACUUUUGUUCAUGGCUGGCUGGGUGGCAGGCAAAAUCUUUGACUGCUAAUUGACCCACUUCCCGUUAACCAAUAAAGCUGAAACUUGGCUCAAAGACUCGUUGCCCAUGUCAAUAUAUUCUUUCAAAUUUUCAGCCCAAACCUCCAAAAAAUAAUUUUUUCCUUUUUUUUUUAAAGGGGAAAACCAAAGGAAAUAUGAUGACGCCUAUUUCACAAAAUAAAAUUCCAGAUGACUGCACUAAAUAAGAUUCUUGAAAUAAAAUUAUUUUCUUUGUUUUUCGAAAAUAGUUGGUGAAAUAAAACUGGGAUGUUAAAGUGGAUUGAUCAGUGGAUUGAUCAGUGGAUUGAUCAGUGGAUUGAUCAGUGGAUUGAUCAGUGGAUUGAUCAGUGGAUUGAUCAGUGGAUUGAUCAGUGGAUUGAUCAGUGGAUUGAUCAGUGGAUUGAUCAGUGGAUUGGUGGGGGGGGGGGGGGGGGGGGGGGGGGAGCACUGAUUGGGAUUCUUACAAAGAGCAUUACUUGUAUUACUUGUAUGCAUGUUUCCGCCAAUUUUCUGCCCCUGUCACCAUUGCUCGAUAUUAUAUUUUGUUAAGGAUUUAUACAAAAAAAAUUUGUUUUUAGGAUUUGUUUAAUUAUAUUUAAAAUCACACGGUUAUCUUGGAAGUUAAUUGUCUUUAGGAUUUGUUUAAUUAUAUUUAAAAUCACAUGGUUGUCUUGGAAAUUAAUUGUCUUUAGGAUUUGUUUAAUUAUAUUUAAAAUCACAUGGUUGUCUUGGAAAUUAAUUGUCUUUAACCAAUGAAUUUCAUGCAUGUUGUUGUUUUUUUGUACUCAUUAUUUCUAUGUAUUUUUUUUUUUUUUAAAAUCCUUCCAUAGCGUGUCCUGCGAGAAGAAGUAAAAGAAAAGCUGAAGUGGGGUGUGGACAGGUCAUCGCCCAGCAACAAGAUCAGGGACCUCAUGGGCUGGACCAAAGACAUCAUGAAAGAUAUUGCCUACCAGCAGAAAAUACUCAAAAAUCCAGUUGCCAUUCUGUUAACCAAAGGAUGG